UGGAAUAUCCUAAUAUACACUCUAGGUUUCGAUUGCUAUUUGUGUAGUAAAUUAGAGAAAAAAGUUAUUGAGCUGAAACUUUGAUCUGAUUUCGAAUGCAAUAUGAGGUGAUAAAAGAGGGAAUGGGUCAUUAUCGUGCGGUUUGUACUUUAGAUAGAUGAGGGUGUGAGUCACGAAGAAAUAGAAAGGUUAUUAGUUGGUUUGAGUGUGUUUAUAAGGUUUGUUGAUAAAAUUAAUUGGAAAAUUGGUAAUGUAUAAAUAGAGGAUGAGCGCGAAAUAUCUCGAAGAGAGGAGAACGGAGGUCUAAAAAUAGGAGCGAACAGGAGAGAGAGAGAGAUAUAGAGGAAAAGGAGGACAGUUUUUGGACGUGGUCCAGAGCGAUCCGAAAGUUUUCGACUGUGUGUAUGUGUCGAGGAAGGAAAAACGCAGUAGAAGGAAGAGAUCAGUCGGUUAAUUCGGUUUGCACUGGGUAAAAGCAACACCAGUUGAUCUGUGCGCGCCCGGAGAGGUCAAAAAGGAUAAGAUAUAAUUUCGGUUAUGUGAUUUGCGGAUUUUUUUUUGCGUGUGUAUCUCUUUAUCUCGCGCGCGUUUGGAAAGUGAUGCCUAGUAUGGCUGCUUCUCACGGCGGUGUCCUCUACUACGUGGUCAAAGUACCGAGGGAUGAAGUCCACGGACGCGUGGAGAGCGGAUGGGACAAUCCGUUCAGACCGGGCGGUGAUCUGAGCAGGGAGGCCGAUGAGAUAGUCGAGAUGAUCAAGGGCGGAAAACCGAUAACGCCAACGUCCGGCGGGAACGCGUCCCCGUCGCCGCCCGGCCACCACCAGGACGACGACAUUCCUGACAGCAACGACCCUCUGCUGAAGCAGCAGGACAUCAACAGCAAGAAGACAGCAGCAGCAGCAGGCGACGUCGUCUCUGACAAGGUGAAUUCUCGACCUCUGACGUCCACGCCGAAGAGCGCUAAGAACGGUUCGGCUAACGCAAAGGAUGGGCCGAACAACAACGCCGCCGCCGCCGCGAAGAAGUCUGAUCCGGUGGACGUGCAGAGAGGAACCGCCGGUCAGCCAGGCGACGCCUCGCAGGUCGAGCACAUCGUCAUCAAAAAGAAACCCAAGUGUAAAUGCUGUGUGAUACAAUAACUAUUACGAAGAGAGCCUCUUUUUUAGUCAAUAGACUUUGUUGUUAUAUAUUUUAUAGAACAAGAAAAUCCCGGACGGGACGAGAGAAAAAAAAAUACAUAUAUUAUAUAUUUAUGAGUACAUUAUGUAUAUACAUAUCCACCAAUAUAUGUAUAGAUUUCAAACAAGAAAAUAUAUCGAUGCAUAUGUACAUACAUAACAAGGAAAAAAAAUGGAGAAAAAAAAGUAUAUUGCGAAGCUGAGAUGUGCUUUGAGACGCUUUUACCAGCCACACACAUACAUACACACACACACAAAAAUACUAAUUUAUUUUAUCUUCUCUCUGGCUUCACGCAGCUCUUCAAAUAAUAAUAAUAAUCCUUAAGUUUUAGUACAAAAAAAAAAUUAAUAAGUGUAUAAUGAAGAGGAUCGUCUUCAGAGAAACGUAAUUAAAAAAAAA